AUGCCGCGCAGGUGUAAGGAGGUCGUCAAGAAGCACGAUAACCUGGCUUCGGUAAAUCUCCUAACGCUACAAGCACUUCGAGGCCUUAAAGCGCUCCGCUACCGGUGCUCAACGGACAAGCUCUGCCCCUCUCGUGGGCGCAAGCUUGGCAACAAACGCGUGGUUGAGGCUUUGUACAAGUGA